AGUUAGUAACUGGCAACUCGUCUUACCAGGUCAGACGAUCACAGCCAAAAGGUAUAUAAGUACCUCUUGUGUAGCUUACACUUUAGUUCCCCCUCAGCAAGGCCAGUCAACCAGCGUCACGGAGAACGCUACCAAAAAAAAAAGAGACAUGAAGUUGGUACUGUUAGGUGUGGUGUUGGUGGGCGUGGUGGUGAUGGCCACAGCACAGGAGGACGAGAACACACAACAGUACCAGGACCUCGACGAGGGUAGACAGAGAACGGUUGAUACCGCUGCUAUUACUGACAAGCUCACAGGGGUUAUCACCGCCAACCCUCUUGACACGCUCCUACUGCAGUUUGGUAACAUCCUGGGACUGAUCGAUCUGGGUGGCCUAACCCCCGAUAAAAUUACUACUUUAGGUGGCACAGCUGGCCUUGGUGGCCUUACUGGCCUCGGUGGCCUUGGUGCCUUGGGGGGCCUCACCGUGGAUAAAAUUACUACUCUGGGAAGCACUCUGGCCGCCGUCUCCGCAGUCAAGACGUCCUUCCUGGACCUCGGCGCCAAAGCUAUCGAUGUUGUUAACUUUGUUCUGGCCAUCAUCGCUCUCGCUCUGCUCAUCGUCUACCUGGUGGAGAACGAGGGAGACAUCAAGGGUUUGUACGGAGACACCGGUACUGGCACCUACAGACGUCAGGGCUCGAAUCACUACGACUCCUACAGUGGCUACAUCAACACUGCUCGCUCUUUCAUGGACGCUCCUUUAAUGCAAAGUGUCACCAACUUCGUUUACGACGCCAUCACUAAGUACGACGACUAGUUCCCGCCAGCCAACCCUGACCCUGGUAGGAGGAGACACUAGGGCACUCCCUUGGCCUCGUCGUCAACCAUGUAUAAUUUAUCUUAUAUUUAUUUGUUUUAUAUCUGUUCGUCCCCUCAGGGCUGGACCCUUCAGUGGGACUCUUUAACACAGUCCAUUAAACGACUUGGACAAAAAUGUUGACGACAAAUGACCUUUAUUUUGAGAGUUUGUUAAAGCUCCUCACCCAACGUGGACGAUACACCAGCCCCCCCCCCCCCACCCAUCCUAGGGAAACACGCCCCCCAGACCUCAAAGACUGACAAUAUUGACCUCUAUGCUGGCCCUGGAGUUAGCUGUGAUGCUCUCUUUCAUUCACCGACCUCUGGACUGUGACGUACCUGAUAACUCUAUAUAAGAGACGCUUUAAUAGCCCAGUUUGCUCGUGUACAUAUUUUGUAUAUUAAACUUUACACUUCCAUCUUAUACACCUGGUGGGAGCGUGUACACCUGAAGCCGUUUACCAUCAAGAGGUGUACACACUUCUUACCCGACAUAGUCACGAGACACACGGCAACCGACCGACUCCUGUGACGUGCAUGUAUGUACUUAUAUAUUUUUUAUAUGUAAAAUUUUUAACAUGUUAAUAAAACUUAUGUGAAA